ACUGCGCCUGCGUCCCGCGGCACGCUCGAGAGAGAGACAAACAGAGAAGCUAUUGUUAGCCGCAGACCAGCCACCCGGGGUUGUGACAGAGUUUAUCCCACACUCACCACCUACCUGUUGAAUAUUUACACCGCCGAGUCGCUGUCGAAGAACGAAGUCAAACCUCGGCUGUGGUGGGCAGGUGAGGAAAGGAAAGGUGCUCGCGGAAGGAAGGAAGAGACUGAGGAAAGCUAGGAGGAAAGAAGGAAGUAAAUAAGGACAACACGACCGUUGGGCUUGGAACUCAACAGGUACUUCAAUGUUAUAGCAGUGGCUCGGACUUUUCUGUGUUUUUACUCGGUGAAAAACAACCAAACAAAACAAAACAAACAAAAAAUGCCGUUGGGACCAUGGAGGAAGAAAAACAAGUCGACGAAGGAGCAUUUGGUGGAGAACGAGGAGGUCAGCGGCGGACACGCAGGUGUCGGGAGCUUGAGUAAAUCCGCCGUGAACGGAGCGGGGCUCCCGCCUCCACCUGCCAACCUGCGGCCCAAACUGGUCUUCCACACGCAGCUGGCGCACGGUAGCCCCACCGGCAGGAUCGAGGGAUUUGCCAAUGUCAAGGAGCUGUACGGAAAAAUAGCAGAGGCGUUUAAUAUAAGCCCACCUGAGAUCCUCUUCUGCACCCUGAACACCCACAAGAUUGACAUGGACAAGCUGCUGGGGGGCCAGAUCGGCCUCGAGGAUUUUAUCUUUGCCCACAUUAAAGGGAUCAAGAAGGAGGUAGAAGUUUAUAAAUCUGAAGACGCUCUCGGCCUCACCAUCACCGACAACGGAGCGGGCUACGCUUUCAUAAAGCGUAUCAAAGAGGGCAGUGUUGUGGACGGGGUGAAGGUGAUCUGCGUGGGCGACCACAUAGAGUGCAUUAACGGACGCAACAUUGUCGGGACACGGCAUUACGAAGUCGCCCGCAUGCUCAAAGAACUGCCCAGAGACAAACUCUUCACCCUCAAACUGGUUGAGCCGAUGAAGGCCUUUGAAAUGCUUGAGCCCAGGUCAAAGGGAGCCAAACCUGCCACUGACAAUAAGAUCGGCACAGGGAGGGGGACUCUGAGACUUCGCUCCAAGGGCCCAGCCACUGUGGAGGAGGAGCCAACAGAAUUUGAGGAGAAGGCGGUGAAGAAGGUGGACGACCUCCUGGAGAGCUACAUGGGAAUCAGAGACACUGAGCUUGCUGCUACGAUGGUGGAGGUCGGCCGCGACAAGAAGAACCCGGAUGAAUUCGCCAUGGCGUUAGACGAGACCCUCGGAGACUUCGCUUUUCCAGACGAGUUUGUUUUUGACGUCUGGGGGGCCAUCGGGGACGCCAAGCAGGGAAGAUUUUAAAGUUUGCCUCCCUGCCUCCCAAACACACACAUACUAAACACACAAACACACACUCCCUCCUUACACAACCUCACAUCUUUACUAUCCUCAGAAGCCAACUGGACAAACUUCAACCAGCACAAAUGGGGGGUGGGAGGUGGAUGAAGUGUUCCCACCAUCACUUUGCUGUUAGAUGUAGCUUUGCACUUGGACGGAGAGUCUUCAGCCAAGUGGGUCUACAUGAGGAAUUUCACACGUCAGGGGUUUUUUCGGUGUAGUCUCGUAAAGAAAACGCAGUCUCCAACACUGGACCUGCCUCCUGCACGCUGAAGAGUUGGUGAUUUAUUCCAGAUGUUGUAUAAACCUUUCGUGCACCACCUCUGGAGGCAGGGUCGCUCUAAGAAGCUUGUGACGCUCAGAACAGCUAACCUAGUCAACAGUGGUCUAUUACACUGGUUAUAAAUGGUACGUGCACAACCUUUAAUUUUAAAACAAUCACUCAGUUUUGAUCACACUUUAUAGCUGUGUAAUUUUGAAUAUACAGAUGUAUCACACAGCUUUUUAUAGGCUUUUUAUAUGUGAAAAUGCUGCUGAUUUUACAGCAGCAGCAUUGUGUAAUUAUAGAGAUCGUAGCAAUAUUUUCUCUCUCUCAAGCAACCUUUUUAUUUCCCUCCUGUGUUUUAAAAUCUUUUAAAUGACCUCAUGGUAAAAAAAAAACAAAAAACAUCACACUGUUUAUGUUCAUUUACUCUGUGAUUUUCCUAAAAGUCUCUGUGCCCUUAAACAUCUCAGCUUGAGCCUUGUAUAAAUCCGUCAGAGACUGAGCGACACAGAGAAAUGAGGGGGUUUUAUCUUUAAAUGCCUUUGCCAUACGUUCCACCAACAUUCCUUAUGUUUCUCAUGUUGUUAUAAUCUGUUAGCGCUGCUGUAAACACGUCAGGAAAUGAGGCAUAUUUAGAGAAGCACGCUAAUUAUUAUUAUUUUUUUCUCCUGUAAUUUAUUUUACCAUGAAAAAUCAUAUGCUCUAAAACGUUUUGUACACCGAGACGUGGUUUGACGUGGAAGCCGUUUCGAAGGCUGGAAUGGGAUCAACUGCAAUCCGAUGUCUUAAAUAAAUGCACUCGCAUUAAUAUAACUGCACUAUUUAAAAUCACUGUCAAACUGAAUUUAAAUAGUGACUUGAUUAGUGUCAUCUGUUUGACAAAACCAUAAGGGAUCACUAUUGUUGGAUAGACAAUAAAAUUUGCUAUACUGUUA